GAUAUCAAAGAUGCAGAAGGAUAACGUAGAGCUUCAGCAACAGGUACAAAGGUUGCUACAAGCAGGUCUUAGACUACAUGAUGAUGAAGGAAAAGCAACAUAUGAUGGUCCUCUACUUGUUGAAGAGAGGCAAAGAGAAUGUUCUGGAGAAGAUUCUAAAGAGUAUGUUGGACCACAAAUUGAUGAAGCAAGUGCAACUUCCGAUGGUCCUCCACUUAUUCAAAAGGUGAUGAGAAAAUGUUCUGGAAAAGAUUGUAAAGAGCUUUGCAAUCUAAGUAGGAAGCAAAGGAUGAAUAUAGUGCUAAUGGAAGGUGUCACAUCUAUUGAGCUGGUGACAAAAACAAAGAGAUACCUUAUCACUACCUACAAUGAUCCUGUAAAAGUCAAGACUAUCAAAGAGAAAAUAGGACUGGAUGAGGAGUUAAGUAAACAUGCAUUUGACUUUGAAUCCUUGGAAUCAGAAGAGGACAUAGAGGGUUUCUUUGCUUCUGGGGAUCUUCUAGAUGAAGGAAUAAGAAGGACUCCUGGAUUUGGUACAAUGGGAGCAUAUGUCAAACGUGUUGAUAAAUCAAAUGGAGAUGAAACUUGGUAUGUUGCAACAUGUUCCCAUGUAUUUCCCAUGUGUUCACUGAAAUCCCCUGUGUAUGCCAUUGAUAACGACCGCUAUGGGAAAAUAGGUGAGUUAGCAUACACGAUAGACCCAUUCACUAAAAUUGAUGGUGUUGAUAGGGAAACAACCUUUGAUUUGGCAUUAGUAAAGCUUAACCCUGAUAUCACUGCUGAUCAAAUUCCAAAAAUAAAAAAAAAGGGUGCAGUUGUAUAAUGAAAAGCAACUGUGAGAAGCUAGAGAUGCGUGUUGAUAAAAGGGGUAAAACAACUGGUUUAACUACUGGAAAAAUAUCAAGUAUAAAGUUUUUUGGCAAAGUAUCUUAUAAAGAUAAAGUUGGUAGUAGAAAAGAUUUUCUGGUUCGGGACUCUAUCAAAAUUGACAGAAUAGGGGAUCGCUUUUUUGAAAAGGGUGACAGUGGGGCAUUAGCAUACAUACAGGAUGACAACAAAUUCAUCUGUAUUGGUAUGUGUUAUUUCGGUUAUUUCACCAAAGGGAAUGCCCUGGUUUUUCCAUUGAAAAAAGCCCUACAAGCACUUGAACUACAAGCACUUGAACAAGGCAAGGAAAACAUUGAGUUUUAUAUAUACUGUGGUGGUAAAGUAUGUGCAGGAAAGCUCAACAAUAAUGGAAUGAUGAAUGGCGAUGAAAUGCCAAAGUCUAGUUAAUUCAAGGAGUCCUCUCUUGAAGAUGCAUUGAUAUGACUUUAAAAGUCAAAUAUACACCUGGCAGUAAUGAGUAUAGAUGUUGAUUUAGCGUCUGCUUUUGACGUCGUUCCGCAUCAAUUAUUAUUACAAAAGAUGAAAUCUUAUGAAAUUAGUAAUAAAAGACCCACGGUCCUAUGCUCACACAGUGUAGAACCUUCAGAGGAAUGUAUAUCCUGAUUUUCAACCAAAAUUAUUGAUUUUGAUU